UCACCCCUCCCUCCUGUCUCCUCCUCACCCCUCCUCACCUCUGUCUCCUCCCUCACCUCACCCCUCUCGUCUCUCCCCUCAGUCUCUACCACCCUCACCUUGCCUCACCCUCACCCUCACCGUCUCCUCCCU